AUGAAGGGUUCGGUCAACCGGGCUGGGGGGAGAGGUGGAGAAGAGGAAGGAGAAAAAGAGAGCCCCGCGUCCUGCCCCGACAUCUACAGGUACACCAAGGGAGACCUGUUCACCUCCGAGAUCUACAAGGUAGAAAUACAAAACCUGCCUAAAUACAUCGGGUUUAACGACGUGAAAAAGUUUCUCGCCAAGUACGGGCUCAACCCUCACAAGAUCAAACUCUUCGGGAAGCAGACGUUCGCCUUCGUGACUUUUAAGAGCGAGGAGGAGCGGGACAAGGCGCUGGGCGCCCUGCAGGGCCUGCAGUGGAAGGGCCGGCACCUGAGCGUGCGCCUGGCCAAGCCCAAGGCCGACCCGAUUGCCAAGAAGAGGAAGAAGAAGCAAAGCACGAGGCAGGGAGAGGCGAAGCGGCCGGUUCCCGCCAGCGCUGAGGAGCCCCCGAGCAAGCUGAUCGCCGACGUGGUGACCCCCCUGUGGAACGUGCCCUACGAGGAGCAGCUGGCCAGGAAGAAGCAGGACUGCGAGGAGGUGCUGCAGAAGCUGGCAAAGGAAAUAGGAAAUAAGAACAGAGCUUUAUUUCCUUGGCUGGUCCUUCAGAAGCAGAAGUAUAAUAAAUUGUGUUGCCCAGUAGAGGGAGUGAAAGCAUCACCAUUGCAGACUGAAUAUCGCAACAAGUGUGAGUUCUUGGUCGGGAUUGGUGUAAAUCAAGAAGACAAAACUGUGGGUUGUCGUCUUGGCAAAUACAAGGGUGGAACAUGUGCUGUGGUGGAGCCAUUUAUAAAAUUACAUUUUUUGAAAGCUUUAGUUAACUGAGCUUCUGAAAUUUGCAGGUCAACUCCUUACUCAGUUUACAGCCCAGAAACCUACGAAGGUCACUGGAAGCAGCUCACAGUCCGCACCAGCAGGCAUGGCCACAUCAUGGCAAUUGUUUAUUUUAACCCUCAGAAAUUAGGUAAAGAAGAGCUAGCUGACCUGAAAAUCUCUCUGGCAAAAUACUUCACAGAAGGGGUGGGAAAGAGCAGUGGCAUUACCUCUCUGUACUUUGUGGAGGAAGGACAAAGGAAAUCUCCCAAUCUAGAAGACUUGCCUUUGGAGCACGUGGCUGGGGAUAAGUACAUAUAUGAAGAACUUCUUGGCCUAAAAUUUAGAAUUUCUCCUCAUGCAUUUUUUCAAGUCAACACACAAGCUGCAGAAGUGUUGUACACUGCCAUAAGGGAGUGGGCACAGCUGAGCCAGGAGAGCACUGUACUUGAUGUUUGCUGUGGGACAGGAACUAUUGGGAUUUCUUUGGCAAAGAAAGUAAAGAAAGUGAUUGGAAUUGAACUCUGCCAAGAAGCUGUGCAGGAUGCCAAAGUGAAUGCCCAGAUUAAUGAACUGAGUAACAUUGAAUUUUACUGUGGGAAGGCUGAAGAUCUCGUUCCUUCCCUAAUUAACGUUUUAGCUCCUCAGAACCUGAUUACUAUUGUAGAUCCACCACGAGCAGGGCUGCAUUCCAAGGUAAUUCUUGCCCUUAGAAGAGCUGAACAUCUGAAGAAGCUUAUCUAUGUAUCCUGCAAUCCCAGAGCUGCAAUGAAUAACUUUGUGGACCUUUGCAGGGCCCCUUCCAACAGAGUCAAAGGAGCCUCCUUCCGACCCAUGAAAGCACUGGCUGUGGAUCUCUUCCCUCAGACCACCCACUGUGAGCUACUGAUACUCUUUGAAAGGGUCGACUGUGCAAACGGGAGCUCCAGUGAAGCAAUGCCUGAUGCUGCUCAAGUCACUACAGCAGGAUAUGACUCAGAGUGCUCGGAUGGCACCAACCCAUUGACCACUGACCAGGAGACUUCUGUACAUGUAGAUACUGUACCUGAGGAGAGGCAAUCAACUUAA